CCUGUGUCAAGGUUAAAAAAACCAAGGACAGAGACAAAACUUCUCAUUGUAAUUUGAGUGUCACAUCCCAGGGUCAAGCUAAUUCAAAAGGAAUGGCAGGCACAGACACAAGUGUAAUAACCACAACGGUGACUUCUUCCACCCAUACAAAAGGAACAAAACGCUCCCACUCAAGGAACUCGGCUGAUGAAGAUGAACCUCCUGAAGUUAAAGCUGAAAAAGACAAGGAAAGGAGACAAGCUAACAAUGCAAGAGAAAGAAUUCGAGUUCGAGAUAUCAACGAAGCCUUUAAGGAGCUUGACAGGAUGUGUAUGAUGCACUUAAAGGGAGAAAAAGCCCAGACCAAGCUAAAUGUUUUGCAUCAAGCUGUGGAGGUGAUUACAGCAUUAGAACAACAAGUUAGGGAACGAAACCUCAAUCCCAAGGCAGCCUGUUUAAAAAGAAGAGAAGAAGAAAAAACAGAAGAAGGGUCAAACAUGGUAGCACACAGCCUUCCACCCCAAUCUGAUCUUGAUCCCCUCUCUCACCAAUGACUGGAAUGUACAUCACAGGUUUUAUAAAUUAUGGACCACAGGAAGAUCAGAACAAAAAAAUAUAAUGACAUAUAUGUACAGAACCCUUUCAUAUGAACUUGUUCUGCUUCUUCCACAACUGAACUCAUUUGUUAAACCUAUGGUUGGUAUUCUAGGCAUCUAACACCUUCCAACGAAGCAAGGACUUAAGCUUUAAAUUUGUGUUCAUUACUUCAACUGAGAGACCAAUCCCAUUUCUUUUAUUGUGUACCAGGGAAUUGUAAAGUUCUUAGUUAAUAAUGAGGUUAAGCUAUCAGUACUAAAUGGUAUAAAACCCAAAUGCUCAUAGGUAUAUUUUUUUGGAUGAAUAAAUAUUAAAGGCCAAAAGUUAAUUUUUAGUUUUCACGUUUUUUUUUUAUUAUGAUUUUUUCCCCCCAAUAUCAUAUGUUGGAGUUAGAAGUUUAGUUUAAAAACGUUUAUCUAACAGUAAUCACAUUUGGGAUGAUGAUGUACUCAUUUCAGUAAUUUGUGGAGGGAGCAGAUUUAAACUUUUUUCUUUUUCAUUUGUAAAGUGACCAAAUGUCAUAAAGAAUAAAUCAUGUUUCAUACGAUUGUAAUUUUACACCAGGACUUAAUAGUUGCUUAACUUUUUGUACAUGUACUUAAUUUGAACAAAUGUAUGCACCCUUGGUGGUGGUUUAUAGUUUUUAUUGGUCAUUAGAAUUUCAUUGUUUCAAUUACUCCUGUAAUUUAAUGUUCAGUAUUAAGGUAAGUGUGUGUGUGUGUGUAAAAAAAGAAAGAAAAAAAGAACUCACUUCUGUCUCAGAUUUUGCAUUUACGUUUAGGUUUGAUACACCUUUGGCAGCAAUCAACAUAGGAUACAAAAACCUAAAACCAGUUAUUUUGAGUAAUUUUAUUUAUAUAUUGUUUGAUACCCAUUAAUGCAAGAGGUUGUAGGAAAUAAAGUAUUAUUCUGUGCAAGUUUA